AUGGAAACAUUUGAGGGUAACAUAGAAACACGUGACGGUAACAUGGAAACAUUUGAGGGUAACAUAGAAACACGUGACGGUAACAUGGAAACACUUGACGGUAACAUGGAAACACGUGAAAGUAACAUGGAAACACGUGAAGGUAACAUGGAAACACGUGACGGCUAUGCCAAGGCAGUGGCUAACUCGGAGAAGGAGACACACAGGCCGGGUGUUAGUGACAGGGCUUACUCACAGAUGGGGACACACAUGCCGGGUGUUAGUGACAGGGCUAACUCGGAGAAGGAGACACAUAGGCCGGGUAUUAGUGACAGGGCUAACUCGGAGAAGGAGACACACAGGCCGGGUGUUAGUGACAGGGCUAACUCACAGAAGGAGACACACAGGCCGGGUAUUAGUGACAGGGCUAACUCACAGACGGAGACACACAGGCCGGGUAUUAGUGACAGGGCUAACUCAAAGAAGGAGACACACAGGCCGGGUAUUAGUGACAGGGCUAACUCAGAGAAGGAGACACACAGGCCGGGUAUUAGUGACAGGGCUAACUCAGAGAUGGAGACACAAAGGCCGGGUAUUAGUGACAGGGCUAACUCACAGAAGGAGACACACAGGCCGGGUAUUAGUGACAGGGCUAACUCAAAGAAGGAGACACACAUGUACAGGCCUGGUAUUAGUGACAGGGCUAACUCGGAGAAGGAGACACACAGGCCGGGUAUUAGUGACAGGGCUAACUCAGAGAAGGAAACACACAUGCCGGGUAUUAGUGACAGGGCUAACUCACACAUGGAGACACACGGGCCGGGUAUUAGUGACAGGGCUAACUCAGAGAAGGAGACACACAUGCCGGGUAUUAGUGACAGGGCUUACUCGGAGAAGGAGACACACAGGCCGGGUAUUAUUGACAUGGCUAACUCAGAGAAGGAGACACACAUGCCGGGUAUUAGUGACAGGGCUAACUCAGAGAAGGAAACACACAUGCCGGGUAUUAGUGACAGGGCUAACUCACAGAUGGAGACACACAUGCCGGGUAUUAGUGACAGGGCUAACUCAGAGAUGGAGACACACAGGCCGGGUAUUAGUGACAGGGCUAACUCAGAGAUGGAGACACACAGGCCGGGUAUUAGUGACAGGGCUAACUCACAGAUGGAGACACACAUGCCGGGUAUUAGUGACAGGGCUAACUCAAAGAAGGAGACACACAGGCCGGGUAUUAGUGACAGGGCUAACUCAGAGAAGGAGACACACAGGCCGGGUAUUAGUGACAGGGCUAACUCAGAGAAGGAGACACACAGGCCGGGUAUUAGUGACAGGGCUAACUCAGAGAAGGAGACACACAGGCCGGGUAUAAGUGACAGGGCUAACUCAGAGAAGGAAACACACAGGCCGGGUAUUAGUGACAGGGCUAACUCACAGAUGGAGACACACAGGCCGGAUGGAGACACACAUGCCGGUAUUAGUGACAGGGCUAACUCAGAGAAGGAGACACACAGGCCGGGUAUUAGUGACAUGGCUAACUCAGAGAAGGAGACACACAUGCCGGGUAUUAGUGACAUGGCUAACUCAGAGAAGGAGACACACAUGCCGGGUAUUAGUGACAUGGCUAACUCAGAGAAGGAGACACACAUGCCGGGUAUUAGUGACAGGGCUUACUCGGAGAAGGAGACACACAGGCCGGGUAUUAGUGACAGGGCUAACUCAGAGAAGGAGACACACAGGCCGGGUAUUAUUGACAGGGCUAACUCAGAGAAGGAGACACACAGGCCGGGCUAUUAG